UCUCGGUCUGGACACAAGCGGUCUCACCACCGCAGCAGCAGCACCCAGUGUUAUAAGCUCUCAAGCGGCGGCAAGCAGCAGCAGCGUUACAAAGCCAUGUGGAAGAUCGCGGUUUCCGCAAUGUGUUUCGCCGUCCUGGCGAACGCCGGUAACAUUGGAGGUGGAUUUGGCGGCGGUGGCUUCGGUGGUGCCGGUUUCGGUAGAGGCGGUGCCGGUUUCGGCGGACACCACGGUGGCGGCAGCUUCGGUGGUCACCACGGCGGUGGUGGCUUCGGCGGAAGCCUGGGUAGUGCUGGACUUGGUGGUGGACUCAGCGGCGCUGGACUCGGAGGCGGACUCGGAGGAACGAGUUUCACCGUCCACCACGGCGGUCACGAUGGAGCUGGUGCUGGCGCCGGCUACGGAAGUGGAUAUGGCGGUGCAGGCGGACUUGGUGGAGGAUAUCGCGGAGGUCUCGGCGGAGGUCUCAGCGGUGGUCUUGGCGGAGGUCUCGGUGGAGCUGGCGGCCGUGGAUACUACGGAAGCGGUGGCGCAGGCGGAGCCUACAGGGGCGACUACGUCGACGAGACUCCCAAACCUUACAACUUUGGCUACGAAGCUCAGGGCCCCGACGGUUCCAGCUCGCGCCAGGAAGCGGGUGACGGUAGCGGCCGCGUUGAGGGAGUCUACACCAUCAGCACGGAGGGCGGACAGAGGAAAGUCAAGUACUCUGCCGACGCCGGUGGAUUCCGCGCCAUCGUCGAGACCAACGAGCCCGGAACUGAGAGCAACAGCCCCGCCGACGUGAACUUCAUUUCAUCGCAGCCACCUGCGUCCGAGCUGGCUGCUAAGUACGGACCUACCGGACCUUCUGCCUACGGUGGAGGCCGUGGUGGAUACGGUGGCGGAGCCGGUGGAUACAGAGGAGGUGCUGGAGGCUACGGUGCUGGAGGAUACGGUCUCGGUGGAGGUCUUGGCGGAGGUCUUGGAGCUGGCUUGGGCAAGGGAGGCUUCGGUCAUGGCGUCGGAGGUGGUCUCGGAGGCCUUGGCGGUGGUGCUGGAGCUUUGGGUAGUCAUCACGGCGGUGCCGGUGGUCUCGGAGGAUUCGCUGGUGCCGGCGGCUACAAAGGAGGUGCUGGUGGGAUCUUGGGAGGAGCCGGGGCCGCCGGGAAGUACGGCGGUGGUGCCGGCGGUGCUGGCGGUGGCUGGCAAUGGUGAAAAUGAAGAAGCCCGUAUGUGUUUGUGCUCGACUUUGUGUGUGCGUGCAUGAGGACGUGCUUGCAGUCGUCGUCAACGUUGUGUCUUUGUCCCCUUUCUGUACGUGUACUGUGCUUUGUUCGUGUGCGUGGGACCGGGUUCAGAGCUUUCGGAGAGCCCCACAAGCAGGGUGCUUCACCUCGUGGUGCAUGGAUAAAUGUGGUGUGGCCCUUUUGUUAUGUUCACCGCGUUUAGGAAAUAAACGUUACUUUUUG